UUCCAGGUUUUGGGAUUUGAAGUUGAUACAGUGAACUCUGUCCAGUUUUCAAACCACACAGGCUAUGCCCACUGGAAGGGUCAGGUGUUAAAAUCAGAUGAACUUCAUGAACUGUAUGAAGGACUUAAGCUGAACAAUGUCAACCAGUAUGAUUAUGUACUCACAGGGUAUACAAGGGACACUUCAUUUCUUGCAAUGGUGGUGGAUAUUAUCCAGGAGUUGAAGCAGCAGAACUCUCACCUGGUAUAUGUAUGCGAUCCAGUGAUGGGUGACAAAUGGAGUGGAGAAGGUUCUAUGUAUGUGCCCAAGGAUCUUCUCCCCGUCUACAGGGACAAAGUUGUUCCUGUUGCUGAUAUAAUUACUCCUAAUCAGUUUGAGGCUGAGUUACUCACUGGUAGAAAGAUUCACACAGAAGAAGAAGCUUUAGAGGUAAUGGAUAUGCUCCAUGCCAUGGGACCAGAGACUGUGGUGAUCACAAGCUCAGAUCUACAGGCUCCUUUAGGAAAUGACUACCUAAUUGCACUGGGAAGCCACAGGAAAACUAAAGCAGAUGGUACCAAGAUGACACAAAGAAUUCGAGUGGAAUCUCCUAAAGUGGAUGCUGCCUUUGUUGGAACAGGAGACUUAUUUGCUGCUAUGCUUUUGGCGUGGACACAUAAGCAUCCAAACAAUCUGAAGGUGGCAUGUGAAAAGACUGUAUCAGCCAUGCAACAUGUUCUGCAAAGGACCAUUAAGAGUGCAAAAGCACAAGCUGGAGAAGGAAACAAACCAAACUCAGCCCAGCUGGAAUUGAGAAUGGUCCAAAGCAGAAAGGACAUAGAAAACCCAGACAUCAUAGUGAAAGCUACUGUGUUAUAAAGGCUUUAUGUCUCUACUAACGCACAAUGUAUUGAUGUCCUCCUUUCUUUCCUGUAAAUUGUAAUAUUUGCCUUAGAUCUGUGACAGAAACCUGACUUUCAUGAAAUAGUGCCCAGCAUAGGCAGAUAUCCACACUCAAACAUAUGUGCUGGCCUUGUUCAGUUUUAAAAACAAAACAGAGUUAAUGUGCAUUAAUGCAUAUUCCCAGGUAUCAAAAUGGCUGUCAAAUUCACCUAGUCUGUGUAUUACCCUGGGCAAGGGAAUAUAAUGUUCCUGCCUUGCCAAAGACUUGAGAUGUGAAUUUGCUAAUGGAAUGCUUGACUGACUGGAGAAUAUAUUUCGAGAUGACAUCUAAUGCCAGUGGAGCUGGUUAUGUGCUUCUGUUUCCUGGAGAUACCUGGUUACUUAUUCUGGUAUUCAGUAUCUCGGCUGCUAUGAAACUAAGCAGGGUUAAAACUGCACACAAACUUCUGGUUGUGUGUAAAGGAGUACUUUGAAGAUGCAUAGCAUUUAAGUACUCUGAAGUGACCUUGAGGUGUCAUUCAUGUUACUGAUAACUGCUCCUGUUUCUUGUUUAUGAACAGUUAUAAUAAUUUCAGUUUUUAUAGGUACUGGCUGCUUAUUUUUAACGUCCACAGGUACCCACAUCACCUUCUCCUGAAAAUCUGCUCCAGAAGCUUCUUUAUGAAUAAGGUAGAAGACUGUAGUUGUACCUCUGAGGCCAGGUUUGGUUCUUUUGUUUAGUUUUUAAGUAAAGACAAAUGUUCUUUAAGGAGAAAAGCUAAAGCAGCUCCUGCUCUGAAAGCUGACCAUCCUAGAUUGCUCUCCAUGAGUGGAUGUACUUACAAACUGUAUAGGACACUUCCACUUAGCAAUAGUGAGUGCUGUUGGUGGGCUCAUCCGUGCAGCAACCUGUGGUGAAAGUAAUGUGCGUGCUUGAGUAAGUUAACGUACAUUUACUAAAUGCAACAAAACAUCCAGAAUUUGUUUGUCCGUAACGUAAUUCUCUGCAAACCUCGCUGACUGGAGUUUACAGAAGUGCAUUAUUACUCAUCUUCAAACAAAUUUUUAUUUCCAAAUUCUGCUUCAUAAGGCUUUAAGAUGGGAUUCUUAUUAAUUUCGGUGUGCUGUAUAUCACAGCCAAACAUUAUACCAGUAGAUAGUAGAUACGCUGACACAUGCUGACCCCUUGUAUUUCCUGUUGACUUCAGUAUGGCACUGAAGUUCUUGCUUCUCCCAGGAUGAGAGCUAGUGUGUUGUCAAACCCAAAUUCAGUUGCUGAGCUUUAUUUGUCUUUGAUGGCAUAGGAAGAUAAAAAAGUGCAUGUGUGCUUACAAUUGCCUGAAGGAAAAUUGCAUUAGAAGAGAGGGCAGCUCCGUUUUUUUCCUGAUUACUUGAGUAUGCUCAGGAAACUUGCUCUCCCAGAUGCCUUUCUUGCAUCUUGCUCGCCACGCCUGCCUAACUGAUAGGCAGUGUCACUUGCAUAGCUUGGAGUCCCCAGGAGAACUGGACUGGAGACCGCUUGGGGUGCUGUAGCCUUCACUCAUCCUAUGAUUUUGUGGAUUCUCUGCCAUUGUAAAAGUUCAUUGGUUUCACUUAAUAGAAGAGCAAUUUAUCCUUUCGGUUAAUUUUUUUUGGCUAAGCAGAUUUUUUUAAUAGAGUAAGAUUUCCUAAUUAAUACACUUCCGAAACCCUGAUUUUCAGUGUCUCUGAAGCAAAUGACAUUUAAGAGGUGAGCACAUUUUGCAGUAAAUGUAAGAGACAAACUUUCAGCUUUCACUCUCGGUAACUAGUAAUACUUUUACUGCCCUCUUGCAAUAGAAUGCCAUUGCGCAUUAAAAUGAGAAAAAUUCUUUUGACUUGAGAAUUUUAAGGAAAAAAAAAAAAAAAGAAAACUUGACUCUACUGCCACAGUUCAUAGUAACCACUGCCAUAAAAUACCUUUCUAGCAAUAAUGAUUUUGGUGAUGUGAAGAGCAAUUAGCAAUCACUAGAAGAGAUGAGUUUGUGGCUGAUGUCCAGUGUAUAAAAAGAGGUGAAGUAUCUUAUCAAUGUGUAUAAAUAUCUGAUAAGAGCAAGUAAAGAAGAUGGAGCCAGACUUCUCAGUGGUGCCCUGUGA